CGAGGAAACGACAAAGAAGAGCGCCGAGUGCUUUGACGGCUCCGACAGUCAGAGACCAGGACCGAGAGCGGGAUGGAGGAGGACAACCAGGACCCGGAGCCCAGGAGCAACAACGUCCCCGGAGGACAAACAGCAGGCUCGAGCUCUGAUAGCACCGAUGUUCAGAAAUGGAGAAGAAGAGAGGGACUCAAACAUCACCGCUGUCUACACUGUGAGAAAUCCUUCACAACAUCUGUAUCUUUAAAGAUUCAUCAGAGAGUUCACACUGGAGAGAAACCGUACAGCUGUGACCAGUGUGGGAAAACGUUCAGUGUAUCAAGUAAUUUAAAAACCCACAAACGUAUUCACACUGGAGAGAAACCUUAUAGGUGUGACCACUGUGGGAAAGCUUUCACUACAUCAGGUGAACUAAAAAACCAUGAACGUGUAUACACUGGAGAGAAACUGUACAACUGUGACCAGUGUGGGAAAGCUUUUACGCAAUCAGGUGAACUAAAAAUCCACCAACGUGUUCACACUGGAGAAAAACCGUACAGCUGUGACCAGUGUGGGAAAGCUUUUUCUACAGCAGGGAACCUACAAAGACACAGACAUGUUCAUACUAAAGGAAAACCAUACAGGUGUGACCAAUGUGAGAAAGCUUUUACUCAGUCAGGUGACCUAAAAAUCCACCAACGUGUUCACACUGGAGAGAAACCAUACAGCUGUGACCAGUGUGGGAAAACAUUCAAUGUAUCGAGUAACUUAAAAAAACACAAACGUAUUCACACUGGAGAGAAACCGUACAGGUGUGACCAGUGUGGGAAAGCUUUCACUACAUCCGGUGAACUAAAAAUCCACCAACGUGUUCACACUGGAGAGAAACCGUACAGGUGUGACCAGUGUGGGAAAACGUUCACCAUCUCAAGUAACUUAAUAGUUCACAAAUGCAUUCACACAGGCGAAAAACUAUACUGGUGUGAACAAUGUGGCAAAACUUUCACUACAUCAAGUAAAUUAAAAGCCCACCAACGUAUUCACACCGGAGAAAAACCAUAUGGAUGUGAACAAUGUGGUAAAGUUUUCACUACAUCAGGUUGCCUGGAAAAGCACCGACAUGUUCACACUAGAGAGAAACUGAACUGGUGUGACCAAUGUGGGAAAAUGUUGGCAUGGAGUACUUCCCUUAAACGUCACCAACGCAUUCACGCUGCUUUGCUUUGAACAGUUUUCAGUACUAAGCAAGCUGUUUCCUCCUGCCCCCUUCUCCUGAUAGCAUACUGCGCUGUUGAGCCACAACAAAUUACCGUGAGGGAAAUUACUUUACCGCGACAGCCCUAGUGUUUUAUUCAGAGCUUGUCUACAAACUGAGGAUAAACAACAGUAACUUUAAAUAUUUAGUAGCAUGUUUGUUAUUGUAGAUGUGACUACAUACUGUCCUGCUCAUCCUCUACUCACAAUAAUGGUCUGAAACUACAGCAUGUUUGCUGGUUUAUGUUUUUCAAGUGACAAUGUAGCAGUCUGCAGCUAUUUUCAUUUAUUUUCCCAUUGCUUUGGCCAGAUCUGCAAUACUCUGGUUCUUGGUUAGGGAUCAUUUAGAGCACUUUGUUGUACAGAGAGUGUUGCUCUAACUCCUCAGCAGGGAUUGAGUGCAGCUGGGUAAUUCCCUCUGGGCCAAUCAGGGUGUGCUGACGUCCAUUCUGGAAGGCAUAAGAAGAGGGGCGUACCUGCGCACUGAAGCAUUGCGUCUUUUUUCUUGCGUCUGCGUCUUUUUGAAGCAUCCUGAAACCUGUAUAAUGUGCGCGGAACUCACUCCACAUACAGACGUCAGCCUAUAGCUCUGUCCUUUGGGACCUGCUGAGAUCGCUUUUGCUGUCUCUUUUGUCUACCAUGGUAAGAAAUGGGUUCAGAGUGGACAUAUAGACCAUGGCACCACUAUUUGUUGUUGUUGCUUUCAUUUAAAACCCCUUGCCCAUUCAUUCUUUUUGUUUUUGUUUUAUUGUAGUAUUUUAGUGUCCAGUUUUGUUUUUGGGGUUGUUGCUUUGGGAGUCUUUACCAUGUAUGAGAAACAACCUCAUGUCAAACGAUUCACCUGAUUAUGACAAUGACUACAUUUAUUAUUUUGACCAAACUGCUUUAAUAAAAUAUUUUUUGAUGCCCUAGCUUGCUCAAUACUCAGGAAUGUCUCUGUUCUACAGCUACAACAGCUAAAGCGCAUUUCUUUUGUCUAAUAAUUAUGGUUAAGGUAAGAGUUAUUCAUUGAUGUUCUGACAGUUCAUUUUCUUUACCUAAAUUGACCAGGGGAUGGCUGAAAGGGGAACUGUAAAUUAAACAAAUUGAUUUUACCUUACUUACCGUAAAACGUCAGUUAAUAGCCCCAAAUAGCCGCCUGCCCCGUUUACUGGCCUGGUGUGGGAACACAUUUUGACAAAUAAACGCAGGUCUCCAUUAAACGCCUGGUCUGAAUUUAAUCUAAGUUUUUUGGAUGUAUAAAACCUCUUAAAUCCCACGGGGUCACUGCUUCUGAGCUGCGUAGAUCGUUAAUACAAAUAUUAGGCUAAUGUUUAGCCUAAACGUAUGAUCAAUAUGUCAGUAUGGGUAUUCUACACAUCGUUAGAUCGGUUAGAUUCUCCACAAUACAACUGUUCUGUUC